GUAUCCCUAAUCCUCAAACGAUGCUCCGUUCUUCCGCGUUGAUUAUUGCUCUAUUCGGAUGCGCCAUAGCUUCCUUUAAUUGGCCAGUUGACGGUUCUUACCGGUAUUCGGGUGGUCCAGGUACCCCAGGAGGUCCAGGUACCCCGGGAGGUCCAGGAACCCCUGGAGGUCCAGGUACUCCAGGAGGUCUAGGUACCCCGGGAGGUCCAGGUACCCCGGGAGGUCCAGGUACUCCGGAAACCUCCGGAGGCACCGCUGGAGGAACAUACUACGUGAUCAUAGUUCAGAACGGCCAGAGGGUCAUUGUGAACUGCGCAACGUGCCGCCUGUGCUGUGUCGGACGAAACAUUACCUACUCCGUGGUCACUGAUUCUCCCGUUGUCCCACCCCUCGUCGUUACUGGCACCCCAUCCAUCGUUACUGUAACCCCACCAAGUCCAUCAGUUACCCCAGGUGGUCGUCCAGGAUCAACACCACCAGCAACAUUCCCGCCUGGAUCAAUAUCCACAGUACGGUACACACCAGGACCAACCCCACCAGGACCAUGGACCUACACAGCACCACCAUAUUAUACCUACAGAACUGUUCCACCAGCCUCCAACCACUACGAAACAGUUCCACCAGCUGUCCAGACUACCCCUCAGCCACCAUGUACUCCAAGAACCACCACCACUACAACUACAACUACCACUACUACUACCCUUCCACCAUGUGUCUACACACCGGCUCCACCCGCAACCCAACCACCACGUACCUACCCAACAACCACCCCUAGACCAAUUCCAACUACUAAAACUACAGUACCCCAGCAGUGGACCACUCUCCCACCAGGCCCAGAGCCAACCCCGGGACCAGGACCUUCUGGAGAAUGCUGCUACAUCGACCUUCGCAGAAUCCAGGCUACCGUAUCCUGUGGAGUCUCCAUUGGAAAUCAGUGCUGCCAUCAAUCUUGCUCCGGAACCUACCAGCGUCAAAUCAACUUGAACUACUACAUUCUAACACAAAUCUUCCGUAACCUCCCAUCCAGAAUUCAAUGCUCCGAGGCUGUUCGUCUGGGAUUAGUGAGAUCUACCGAGAUUCAAGGAUUCUGUACAUCCAGAGUUGUCCCAGGAGGUCCAGUUCGCCCACCAACUACAGCUUCCACACCAAAACCAAACGGACCAGAAGUCCCAGUGAACCCAGGACGACCAACCCAUCCUGCCUACCCAAUUGUGCCAACUAGAGGAUACCCACCAGCUACUGCAACUCCACCAAACCCAUAUGGACCAAAGGAUGCUUAUAUCACAGCCGACCCAAAACCCAAUUCAGGCUCCACACUUGUUGCAUCUUUCUUUGCUAUUGUCAUGGCCUUUACACUCUGUUUUUAGAGUUUUUCACUAAUAAUUUGUUUAUUUAUUUUUUUAUUUAUUUUCGUUUAUUUUCAAUAAAAUCAAAUUCCAAUUA